AGGUGACUUGUGCAUUCCGUUUGGCUUUUGCCCACGUGAAAAGGCAAUAAAUUGUCGAGAAAUGGAUCAUCAAAUUGAGAAAAACCCAAAAGAUAAGAAGGAAGAAGUGCAAGCCAAGAAGUCAUGAAAUUGCCUUCUGAAACCAGAAAUUGUUUCCUUUCCAGAAAAUUCCCUUGGACAGAUUCGCGUAUACUUACUUGGCCGCCCUUCCUUCUAGGCGAUUCCCAUUACCAUCUUUAUUCAGAGAAUAAAGUCAGCAAACAAAGAUUAACAAACCCAUUUUGACUUCGUUCCUACUUUUUCGCUCCAAAUAUAUUGGUCCACCAAACUGGAAACCUGAUUUGAAUAUUCAAAUUGGGGACGCGUUUCGCUAUCUAGAGCUUUCUAGCACCAAAACCCUAUAAUCGCCCUCCCCAUUGUCGCCGCUGAGAUUGACUGCCGAUCGAUGAACUCAAAGUAUCCGAGGGUGAAAGUGAGGAGUCAAGACGAUGAUGACGAUGAUGAUCGAUCGAGAAGGCUUUAUCUCGAUAGCUUAAUGGGUAUUCAAUCUACGUGUUUGGAUGAUCUUGAUUCUCUAGUUAGUGUAAACGAAGAGGAGUCGCCACCUUCUAUUGUUGUCAGAAUCCCGAGCUCUUACAUUCCCAAGAAAAACAUUUCUAGCACUCCAUCAUCAAAAAUUCUACCACUACCGGUCAAGAGAAACAACAGCAGUCAAAAGAAAUCUGAGGAAUGCAAGCAGAACAUUAGAGCGAGUUCAGUCCCACGUCCACGAGCAGUCUUGUCAAGUCCAGAUAAUGAUGCAAUGAUUGGGAGCACCACAAAAUCACGGUUGCUUCUAUCUGGAGUGAAACAUAAUUCGUGUCAACAAGACAGACAUGUCCAACAUAAUUUGUGUCAACAAGACAAACAUGUCCAACGUAAGUUAAUUCCAAAGCGAGUGAGUACUGAAACUCCAAUAUUUUCAAGAAAAGAGACCAAGGAUCCAGCCAGCAUCAAAACUGCUGGUUUCAGGGAGAGAAAAGGAAGAACGGUUGGUGACUCAGCCGGAAGAUUGCACCUCACAAGCUGAUAGUUUGGGUCCUUUUUCGACUUUGAGAUUACUAAGGGGGUUAAUUUAACUGGUAUUUUCAACAACUCAUUUAUGGUUUUAUUCAGUAGUAUUUUUGUCAUGUACCGGGUUCCAAGAGGCAUAAUUGUUGUGCCACGUUGAAUAAAAAGAAAAUCUAACUUCUAAAUC